CUAGACCUAGAUCUAUAAUUUAAUAAUUUAGAAGUUAGAGAUCUAAAAUUAAAAUAAAUUGUUACAUGUAUCUAAAAUCUGACCAGAAUCUAGAUCUAAUAUUUUAACUAAAUACUAAAAAAUAGCCUACUGGACUGGUGACGGAUUACGGAAGCUUCAUAUAGAUCUAUCAAGUAAAAGCACUAGGAUGAAUUCAGAAAAUGCUAACUUCUCAAUACUUUGCCAAAGUGAUACUGUGGGGACACAGAUUUGAGAUUUUUGGGUUCAAAUAAGAUUACAAAUGCAGAUUUAUUAUCAAGUUAUACACCUUUAGCAGAAAUGCAGCCUGAUGGGAACAGAUAUAUAGAACAUGAAACUACUAUUUUUUCAUUGAAUAUAACAAAUCUUCCUGAGAUUGUUUUAAUAAAUAUAAUGGAAUACUUAACGUUAAAAGAUCGUUAUUACCUAAGUGUAACAUGUCAAUUAUUUAAGGAACUAUUUAACCAUCCUACAUUGUGGAAAGCUGCACAUAUAAUUAUCUGUAUGGAUGAAAUUCAAUGGCAUCAGAGAUCUGUUACAGAAAAAACAGUUACACAUAUAAUUGACAAAUAUUCAUAUUUUUUUCAACAUUUAUACCUUGAAGUUUCUGGAUAUGUUCAACCUUUUAAUGAAGCAUGUCUAAGACUGUUUCAGAGUUUAAAAAAAGAUUCUCGGCUAGAAAGUUUAACGAUUAAAGUUGGCAAAGUAGCUUCAAGCAAACCAAAUGCUCAGAGAUUUGCCACUGCACACUCAGAUUACAGGGAUCUACCAAAUGUAGUGGAUUUGAUAGACAAAUCAAAGCAUCUAAGGAGGCUAACAAUCAUUUCAUGGCCUCUUCACAUUGAUUUAGGAGAGCAGAAUAACUUGUUUAUAGCUCUACUGAAUGAUAAACAAAUGUUACAAUUAGAGCAACUUAGUCUUUUUUACUUAGAUAUAAAACGAGAUCUAUGGGCACAGAGAAUUCCUAAACUUCCAACAGUUGAAACCACACUCAAGUUGGUCUCACAUUUUCGUCACUUGGUAUGCUUGUCACUGCGGUCACCCAUGUUAAAUGAUGAUAUUAUAAAGGAAUUAGCCUCAGUUCAUAGAACAAAACUUCAUACUUUACAGAUUUUAAUUAUGUAUUCCAGAGAACAUAAAGUUGAGCUUAUAUCACCUUCAGCAUGGACCAUGCUCAACUCAGCAUCUCCAAUACUUAGGGUAGAGUAUUUGGUAACAAAUAGAAUACCCUUUGAGCAACUCAGUCUCAUGCUGUCACCUGAGAUUCCUUUAUCUUCUUUCACUGUUUUAAAUUAUGGGAGAUGUGAUGAGCAAGUGGUUGAGAUGUUAUACAAUUAUUACAAUAAAACUUUAGAAAAAUUUAUUAGUCUCUGUGAUUCAUCACAUUGUGAUAAAGCCUUAGUCCAAUUGGUUUCUUCAUGUUCAAAGCUUAAGCACUUUGUUUAUCAUGGAGAGAUUUAUUGUAAAACAAUCAAAGACUUGUCAGAUAUUAUUAAUUUGAGUAAAAGACGCCUAUACUGUUUUGAUUUUAAAGUAAAAAAUAUAGCCAUAGAGGAGGAACCCAUUAAUUUGGAUGAAACAGCCAUUGCAAAAGAUGCAAGAAGUCAAGAGUAUUACCUAGUAAGUAUGCAUCAAUGGCACCAAGAUGAGGACAACAGAGCAAAACAGCUGGAACUGAUGAAGAUACAUGUUUCUCAAUCUUUUGGGUACAAGUGGAAUAUUUGAGAUGGAUUUAUGUGAUUUGCAUGAACAUUCUCAUUGUAAAAUAGGCAUUGAAGUUCUAAUCAACAUAAUAAUUUAGUUAUGAUUUUUUAAAUUAAAAAAAUGUCUUAGAAAUCUCUGUAUAAGUAUAAGAAUCCAAUCCAUAGAAAAAAAAUGUGAUAGUCUAGUAAGAUACUAAAAUUCAUGUCUAUUUUAGCAGAAUGCUUUAACUGGAUAAAUAAUGCACUUUCACAUAACAAAAACUCUUAUGAAAUAUAUAUAUAUAUAUAUAUAUAAGUCUUGUACACAUUUUAUUAAGUAUUUAGUUUUUUUUACCUAUAUGCUCACUUUGGUUUAAACACAACCUACAGUAACAACACAAAUUGUGAAGGUCUUUAAUUUUAUUUUCAACAAUGAUUUUCUAAAGCUGUGCUACAUCUACAAAGAUUGGAUUUUAUUUCAUAUUAAGAUAGUUUUAUUACAUGCUGCGUCCAGCCAGUAACAGUAAAGUUGAAAAGUUGGUUAUUAGGUCAGGUUGCCUGUGAACUAUUAAAAACAUGCCACCUCACUUGUAAUACUUGUAUGCUAUAAUAGGCUACUUUUUUUUUUAUGGCAAUGCUCAAAGGUGUAAUUCUCUGUCUUUGACCAAAAAAAAUUAAGAUUUUGAAAACAGUCAAGGACAUUUUGUAAAAAUUUAAAUCUUUAGGUACUAAUAAUACUAAUAAAUUGUGUAACAAAAUUAUAUGACCAUAUAUUAUUUUCCUGUACACUAUAUUCAUCUGUCUUUCCUUUAAUGAAAAAAAAAGCCACUGUCACCAUCAUCAAAAAUGACUCCAAACAUGUCAAACCUACAAAGAUGUCGGUUGUUUUUUUUUUUUUAUAUUUUUUUGUAAAAUAGAAGAAAUAAACUCAAAAUAAAGUUCCAUCUCUGAACAUUUUAAAACUGUUUUUUUUUUUAACUCACUUGGGAAUUGUUGCUUUUUCCUCUUUAAAACUUACUAAUGAAAUGGUAUUAAACAAGUAUAUUUUUAAC